AUGAACCCCCCUCAUCAGAGAAAUAAUAGAAGGUCUUCGACUUCCACUACAUCCACGGUGGAGGCCCAAGUACCUUCAACAUCUUCUUCGCUACAUUCAAGAUACUCCAUUUCCCAUUCGUCUACAAACAUAAGUAAUAGCUCGACUGCUACCCCAGUUACAAAUGAGAGUACCAGUGCAGCAGUUACCCCAUUUCAAAAAAAAGUAAAUAGACUCAAAGAAAUAAUUUGCAAGUAUUCUACCUUUAUUGGCCCAGGUUUAAUGGUGUCUGUCGCAUAUAUGGAUCCUGGUAAUUAUGCCACCGGUAUCACUGCUGGUUCACUGAAUAAGUACUCUUUACUUUUCUUCGUGUUACUUUCCAAUAUCAUUGCAAUUUUCCUUCAGUCACUCUGUGUGAAAUUAGGGUCUGUCACGGGUUUCGAUUUAGCAAGAUGCUCUCGUGAAUACUUACCUCGUAAGCUAAACUAUGUCUUGUGGUUCCUUGCAGAAUGUGCCAUUAUAGCUACCGAUAUUGCUGAAGUAAUUGGGUCCGCCAUUGCUCUUAAUAUCUUGAUUAGGGUUCCCAUUCCUGCUGGUGUUGUUUUAACAGUGGUAGAUGUAUUGUUUGUAUUAUUAGCUUACAGAAAUGAUACGUCAUCGGCCAAAUUCGUCAGAUAUUUCGAAUAUAUAGUUGCGGUUUUAGUGUUAGGUGUAUGCGUUUGUUUCGCAGUUGAGUUGGCCAACAUCCAAACAGAAGGAAUCAAAACCGUACGUGAAAUUUUCAGAGGAUUUGCUCCUUCAAAAGAGAUGUUUGAAGGAAGUGGAUUGACAAUUGCAACUUCUAUUAUUGGAUCCACUGUUAUGAUCCAUUCAUUAUUCUUGGGAUCUGGUAUAGUUCAGCCAAGACUAAGAGAAUACGAUGUUGUUAACGGAUAUGUCAAACUUGACGAACUACAUGACGAUGAUGAAACUCAUAGUGAUGACAUUCAUGAGGUUAAUGGAGAGAAAAGUGAAAUAUCCGAAAGCCAGAUCAAAGUCAUUCAAUUGGAAAAAGAAGCAAGGUUUUUCUACAAUUCUUACAAGCCUUCUAUCUAUGCUAUUGAUUAUUCAUUGAAGUACUCAAUUAUUGAAUUGGCUUUAACAUUAUUCACGGUUGCCAUUUUUGUUAAUGCAGCAAUCUUGAUUGUAGCAGGUUCCACAUUGUACGGUACCGAGGAAGCAGUUGAUGCUGAUUUGUACACCAUCCACAGUUUAUUGUCCAGUACAUUGGCACCUGUGGUAGGUACUGUUUUCAUGUUGGCAUUGCUCUUCAGUGGUCAGUCUGCUGGUAUUGUCUGCACUAUUGCGGGACAAAUUGUAAGUGAAGGCCACAUCAAUUGGACUUGUAAACCAUGGAUUCGUAGGCUUGCUACCAGAGCAAUUUCAAUCAUCCCGUGCUUAAUCAUAUCAUUGUCUAUUGGUAGAAAUGGGUUGAACGCUGCAUUGAAUAUUUCCCAAGUGGUUAUAUCGAUCUUAUUGCCCCCAUUGACUGCCCCAUUGAUUUAUUUUACAUGCAAAAAAUCCAUCAUGAGAGUGGAAUUGCCCGAGGAAGAAGGGGAUAAUGAAGAUGGUGCCUGUGUCGAGGAAGACGGGAAAAGGUAUAAGUACAUGAAUAAUAACUGGAUCACCACAGGUUUUUUGGUAUUGAUCUGGUUAUUUAUCUCCACCUUAAACGUCUACGCCAUAGUUGAUUUAGCAAGGAAUGGGUAUUAG